AUGGGGCAAGAUCAAAGUGUAAUCUCUGGAAAGAACAGGCCCUCUGUCAAUGACGUUUAUCUACCUAUUUCUUCCACCCGUUCCUAUGAAGAAGUAGCCAGUCAUGGCUUCUCUGAUGUUAGUGAUAAUGAUAAUACUGCCGGAAAAACAAUUAACCAGCCUUUUGUUGGUAUAUGGUCUGUGCAUAUGCCGGAAGGAACAACACCUCUCCCAAGAACCGGAUUUUUCAGUGCCGAAGAUAAAAAUUCUCACAAAUGCUACAUUGGAUGCGGUAUUAACAAAGAUAAUAUCUUCCUCAACGAUGUUUGGAUGCUUGACUGCACUACACAUCUCUGGAAACUCCUUAGAACCUCCGGUUCUAAAAUUUCUCCGAGAACUGGUUCCUGUGCAGUCGUAUAUCAAAACCAUUUAAUCAUAUACGGAGGAUAUAAUAGUACAGACUAUAUCAACGACAUGUACGCGAUAGAUCUUAACACACUCGUCAUAAACAGAUUAGAUACUAAAGGAGACGUUCCGUGUGGUCGAUCCAGUCCCAUUUUCGAUGUCAUUGGUGACCAGUUGUUUUUAUGGGGCGGAUUUAACGGAGAUUGGCCAAAUCGAUUAUAUAUUCUUGACUUAAAAACCCUAAACUGGACAGCCUAUGCGCAAAACAUCACUGGAAGAGCUGCUGUACCUCAUAUCGUAUAUAAUGAUAACAUUUAUAUCUUCGGAGGCUCAAAAUCCAGUGGAAUGAUGAUAAUAAAUACGAAAAAGAAACUAUGCGAGGUCAUUCAGACCGGCGGACCACAACCUACGAGUAUUACUACAUGCAGCGGAAUGAUUCUUGCUGGUCAAUACGUUCUUUAUAUCGGAGGAAAAUCAGAAAACAGUUACAACCUGAUUUAUUGCUUCGAUUUGAACCGAAAUAUGUGGUUCGUCUUUUAUAUUAUGCCAGAUGAAGAAACAGUUACGAAAUCUGACGGUCGAGUUACAGAGAACGGUCUUUUCAUGAUUCCUCGCAUACAUUCAUUUGUUUCUUAUUAUGAUGAAGAGAAAAAGAUUGUUUAUACUUUCCUUGGAUUCCCUUCAACAGAUCCAUCCCCAUUUUACAUGUUGAAGAUCGGAGAUGCUUUAGGCGUUUUGAAUCAUCGUAGUGAUAUGCUCGAUACUUUGUAUCGGGCAUCCUGUUAA